AUGAUAUCAUCAACUUCAAUGGGGAUAGUGAUAUAUCCAGACGGUUUAAAGAAGCUCUUGAAACAUAUCAAAGAUGAAUACAUGAAUCCAGAGAUUUACAUUAUGGAGAAUGGGAUGGACGAACUCGACGAUGGGAACAAGACUGUAACGGAAGCCAUAAACGAUUACGGAAGGAAAGAGUUCAUCAAGAGUCACAUCUUAAUCAUGGGUAAAUCCAUCAGGAUGGACAAUGUGAGGCUGAAGGGUUACUACAUAUGGUCGCUAAUGGACAACUUCGAGUGGGAGAAAGGUUAUAGAGAGAGGUUUGGGCUCUAUUAUGUAGAUUUCAAGGACGACAUGAAACGUCAUAUGAGGUCAUCAGGGAAAUGGCUUAGGGAGUUUCUUGAUUCGAAAGAGUCUCUCCAUAAAUGCUACUUCGAGGGCCAUCGGGAGAAAGGAUAUGCUCCCAAGUUGUUCGACAAAGAGUACUUGGAGCCUGACAACUAUAGGCUAAAUUAUGCGAGUGAUUUUAUGUGA